AUGGGAAGAGCACCUUGUUGCAACAAAAAUGGUCUCAAAAAGGGUCCAUGGACUCCUGAGGAGGAUCUCAUACUCACCAACUACAUUAACACUCAUGGACCUGGGAAUUGGCGAACCCUCCCCAAGAAUGCUGGUUUACAAAGAUGUGGCAAGAGUUGUCGUCUUCGAUGGACUAAUUACCUUAGACCCGACAUCAAGAGAGGAAGAUUCUCGUUUGAAGAAGAAGAAACCAUCAUUCAGCUUCACAGUGUCUUGGGAAACAAGUGGUCGGCAAUAGCAGCUAGGUUGCCAGGGAGAACCGACAAUGAAAUAAAGAACUAUUGGAACACUCACAUUAGGAAGAGGUUGCUUCGAAUGGGAAUUGACCCUGUAACCCACGCUCCACGCCUUGAUCUUUUUGACAUGUCCUCGAUUCUGAGGUCAGCAAUAGGCAACAUUAACCCAUCGUUUCUGAAUCUGCAAGGCUUAUUGGGUGCCCAAGCGUUGAUGAACCCCGAGUUUCUGAAGCUUGCUGCCACUGCCACUUUGUUAUCUUUGAAGAAUGAUCACAACCCAUCAAACUUAGUUUCACAAGUUGAACAAUUCAAUAACAAUGCCGGGAAUUGUCAAGUGCAAAGCCAAGUUGCCCCUAAUCAGUUUCAGACACCAACUCAAAGCAACAACGUGAACAAUGGCUUUUCAAUGGCCCCAGAGAAUUCAAUUCCUUCCUAUCUUGGCGAGCAUACUUACCUGAAUGCUCAACAAAACCAAGUUGAUUUGCUACAGGACCCGGAAUUGGUGCAUUUCUUAAACAAUGCAAACCAAAACAUAAGUUAUGAAUCGGUUCUGUCUACGCCUUUGUCGACCCCAACCCCAUUGAAUUCAUCAUCCACGUAUGUGAAUAGCAGCACGGAGGAAGAGAGGGACACGUAUUGCAGCGAUGUAUUCAAGUUAGAAAUUCCGGAGAGUCUGGACAUAAGUGAUUUCUUGUAA